AUGGGAUCCAAGACUUUUGAGGGCCAGCCUCACUAUGAGCAGGCCAACGCCUCGGGCUCCAUCAAGUCGAUGGCCGUGGGAGGAAAGCCACGGGGCUCCUCGUCUGGCGAAGAUGGAGACAGUAAUUACGGUGAAGGAGAUGAGGACGGUGACGGCGGUGACGGCAGGAUUGGUGUCGUGAAUGAAGCGGAGAACACCAGCGAGAAUCAGAAGCGCAAGAAACAGAAGAAGAAGAACAAGAAGAACAAGAAGAAUAAGAAGGCUAGUACCUCCGGGUUGAAGCAGACUUCGCCUCCCCGAGUGCCGGUGGCCGAUUUGUUCCCAUCAGGUCAAUAUCCGGUUGGAGAAUGGCUCGGCUACGAUACUGAGGGGAAAGAUGAAAACCUCCAGCGGACUACGGGUGAGGAACUGAGACAUCUGGUCCGUCUCCGCACUGAAGAUGAGGGUUUUCUGAAUGACUAUCGCAAAGGCGCCGAAGUCCAUCGGCAGGUCCGGCAGUGGGUUCAGCAGACAGCAAAGCCAGGCAAGACUCUUCUGGAGAUUGCAGAGGGCAUUGAAGACGGGGUCCGUUCACUCCUCGGUCACCAGGGCCUAGAGCCAGGUGAUGGUCUGAAAGGUGGGAUGGGCUUUCCAACCGGACUGGCUCUCAACAACUGCGCCGCGCAUUACACCCCCAAUCCUGGACAGAAGGACAUUGUCCUUCAACAGGAAGAUGUGAUGAAGGUCGACUUUGGAGUCCAUAUCAACGGCUGGAUUGUGGACAGCGCGUUCACCAUGACGUUUGAUCCAGUCUACGAUAAUUUGCUUGCUGCUGUCAAGGAUGCGACCAACACCGGUAUCAAGGUUGCUGGUAUCGAUGCCCGCAUGGGUGAGAUUGGUGGAGCCAUACAGGAAGCAAUGGAAAGCUACGAGGUCGAGAUCAAAGGCAAGACUUAUGGUGUGAAGGCCAUCCGCAGUCUUUCCGGCCACAACAUCGAGCAGUACAAGAUUCAUGCGGGGAAGUCUGUUCCUUUUAUAAAGACGUCGGACCAAACGAAGAUGGAGGAAGGGGACGUCUUUGCCAUCGAGACCUUUGGCACGACAGGAAGAGGACAUCUUCAGGAUGGGCCCGGUGUCUAUGGUUACGGUCUGAAUCACGACGUGACCCAUACCCACCUCAACCUGAGCUCGGCUCGAUCCCUCCUCAAGACUGUCAAGGAAAAUUUCGGCGGCAUUGUUUUCUGCCGACGGUACCUUGACCGGCUUGGCCUGGAUCGAUAUCUACUGGGUCUGAAUAGUCUUGUGAACCAUGGCGUUCUGGAGAUGUACCCGCCUCUCAAUGAUAUCAAGGGCUCGUACACAGCCCAGUUUGAGCAUACCAUUCUUAUCCGAUCUGCUGGAGUAGAAGUGCUCAGCCGUGGCGAUGACUACUGAUAGUACCACUAUCUAGUGUCCUCUCGCCACUCCAAUCCUUAUUCGAAUCACCCUUCUAACCAUAUAUCCUGCUCAUUCACGGGUGUUGCUUAUUGAUUAUUUGAAAGGGAGGAUUGCGCGAAAAAAAAAAAAAAAACCCCCCCUGUUUCAUUUCGUUGACCUACUCUAGUUCACUCAUUCAAUUUCAGUCUAAACCAGUGUCUACACAUUUAAAUUAAAUCAAUAUAUUCUCUAUA